UCGUGUGGAAGUUUCCCUGUAAGUUGAGAAAGACAAGAGGACAGCAGCGAGUGGAGCGGCGCAAGUUACCGGGAUAAAGAAGAUACAGCAAAGAAAAACCUCGGAUGGGAGCGCACUUUUAUUAACGUUUCCUAAUUAAUUAACCCGCAAGCUCUCGCUGGUGUUUGUGCGGGUACCUCACUGGAGAAGUGGAGUCGUUGACUGCAGGCUGGAGCUAUUGAUUGACCUUUGAACUAGAGCUCGCUGGGAACUGGAAAAGACGUCACUGACUGACUAAGUAGAGACUUUGCACCCAGUGUUACCCUUCCCUCUAAAUCCCAGACAGCCUCUAUGCUCAUCAACCUGACUGUGGCCAUCAAGGAACCUCGUGCCUUUCAUGGAACACAGUCUGCCCUUCCCGCUGCUGCCUCUGACGUUGUGGAAGUGACAGCCAUGGAUUCGCGUCCUGUGCUGGUCGCCCCUCCGCCACCUCCACCACCUCCACCUCCACCCCCUCCUCCUCCACCCCCACCUCCGCCUGAAUCCUCAUCCUCCUCUUCCUCUUCGCCGUUUUGCCGGACAGACAGUGCCCGUCGGAGCCGGCUAAGGAAGCUUAACUGGGAGCGCAUCCCCAAAGAGAAGGUGGAGGGGAGGAAGAGUGUGUGGAGCGGGGCAGCCCCAGGCGAGGACGAGUUCCCCAUAGACCUCCAUUCUCUGGAUGAGCUGUUUGGUCAGAAGGACAGUAAGCCUCAGGACAGAACCAGCACCCUGAGACGCAGGUCUGCUCUGCUCCGCUGCAGAUCCCCCCAGGACAGCUCGGAAGAGAUCUCCCUGUUGGACUCCAAACGCAGUAUGAACAUUGGAAUAUUUCUACGCCAGUUCAAGAUGCCUGCUAAGGAGAUAGUUGAAGAUAUCAGGCGGGGUGCCGGAGACCGUUACGGAGCAGAGAAACUCUCAGAGCUCUGCAAAUUGCUGCCCGACAAUGAGGAGGAGUCUCGCCUGAAGAGGUUCAGUGGGGAGCGGAGCUGGCUAGGAGAGCCUGAUCUUUUCAUCCUGCUGUUGGUGGAAGUCCCCAGUUUUCGGCUUCGUCUGGACGCCAUGAUCCUACAGCAAGAGUUUGACCCUGCUGUGACCUCUCUGUGUGUGGCAGCCAGAUGUCUGAGGGAGGCGGCCAGAGAACUGCUGAGCUGUCCUGAAUUACACUCCAUCCUUCGUUUGGUGCUGAAAGCAGGAAACUAUAUGAAUGCUGGUGGGUAUGCAGGCAAUGCCGCUGGUUUCCGGAUUUCAUCGCUGCUCAAACUGGCUGACACCAAAGCCAACAAGCCGGGAAUGAAUUUGCUGCAUUUUGUAGCUAUGGAAGCUGUGAAAAAAGACCAGAGUUUACUUUCAUUUCCCGGCCAACUAGGCCAUGUUGGGUCCGCCUCCAGGUUGUCUGAGGAGUCUGUGAUGGAGGACUUAUCCAAGUUAAAAAGCAGAGUGGUGGCCCUCAAGGCAAACAUCCAGACUGAGGCAGAGAUUCAACAGCACACGCAACCUUUCCUAGAGGUGGCUGAGGAGCGUCUGAAGGAGGCGGAGGAUGAGGUGGAGGGCAUGAGGAUGUCUAGUCAGGCUCUGGUGGAGUUCUUCUGUGAAGAUGACAGCACCUUCAAACUAGAGGAGGCUUGCAGGGUCUUCAAUUCGUUUUGCCACCGCUUCCAAAAAGCUGUUCAGGAGAAUGCGGAGCGGGAGCUGAAGGAGCAGAAACGUCUGGAGCGUCAGCGUGAGAUGGGGGAAAAGCGCCGCUCUCUGGCUGUCUGUACGGGGCUGGACCUGGGCCUCAGCCUUGCCAGAGAGCCUCACAGACAGGAGAACCAAGAUGAGCUAGAGAAACUGCUAGAGAAGAACUUGAGCUACACUUGGAACCGACGUAGCCUGAGAAGCUCCGAGUCCCGCAGACUUUCCCAUCACCUCAACAAUGACGGCCAUCUCCAUAACUCAUCGCUGUUCAAGAGCUUCCCUGAGCUGGGCAGCAGUCCGACAUCAACCAGUUAUCACUCUAACAGCUCCUCUGACCAUGAGACCGCAGCUGUGCUUUGUAGCUCCCCAGAGACAGACGGCACAUGUUCCCCCAUCGACCAAGAUCCUGUUCUGGGUAGAGGGAGCAGGUCUCAGGACAGCCAAGCAACUAACCGGCGCAUGGACGCAGUUCAGGACUCACACGUUGCUACAUUUAGUCAUUCUCAGCAUGGACGUGGCUUCACAGUCAAGCAACACGGGCCUGAGAGCGUUUCUUAUGUGCUGCAAGGCCAUCCGAAGGCAACAGGACUUGAAAAAGAAGCUGAGAUUUCACAUGAACACGUGGUUUCGAUGACCACUGAAUCUUCACCAAGUUCCUGUACGAACUCUGCUGCUAUACCCGCUGAUACAACUGCCCUUUGUGUUAAAAGCCAGACCUCUACUCAUAGACGUAGGUUUGGCCUGGCAGUGACAGACAAUACUCACUCUAUUCAGACUAAAUCUAAUGUCUCCUGUUUUGAUGAGUCUGUACCUCUUCAUACAAGUGGAAUACUUUCCCACAGUGACACCAGGGCUGGGUCCUUAAAGUACCAGAGAUAUGAGAGCCAAUCACAAUCAUCUGUAAAUGCUCCAGAGAGGGUCCAGUCACAACCACAGGCGAGAGAGAUGCCCACCACAACAACAACAACAACAAGUGUUGUGAUGCCUGAGGCAGGUUUAAAGCACACUAACCCUGAAGUAGCUUCCGCACCUGUGAAGGAGAACUGGAUGACCUCCAGUCUACCUGAGUUCAGCAAAUCACAGCCAGAGGAGUAUUCUGAUUUGCCAAGUUCUGAGAGGGAGACAGUAAGGUCAUACUCGCGUGUGGGUGAAACACUGGAGUGCCACACUCUGGUGAAAGGCCUCCGAUGCUAUGAUGCCUUGUCACCCCCAACCUCUCCACUCCCACGACCCGCACCGAGCCUCUGCUCCAAGUGGAGGAAAGAGAGGGAGGUUGACCUUCGAGAGGGGACAACUCCAGGGUCUCCUACAUCAAAGGAGGAGGCUCGAACUAUGAAGAUCCCUGUGCGUAGUGGAAUAGGGGCCAAAAGGGGACUUAUGUCACGCACGGGACCUUCUAAUAGCACAAGCAUUCCCAGGGUGCGCUCCAAAACUGAGCCUUCAAAUGGAGCUCCAGCCCCUACUAACCCACCCACUCCCACCCGGCUGUCCACUCCUCGCAGCAUAUCCAUGCGUUCGUCUCCUGUCUCACGGCCUGCCAUCAGUCAGACAGAGGUGAAACGCAGUAAUAGCACACGUGAGAGGACUAUAAGUGAGACACAGACCCCAGUAAAACCCACCUUGACCCGCAGGACCUCAGACAGAUCCUUACCAGAGAAGGUCUCAGGCAGCACCCAGACAGCCUUCAUCAGAGGAUCUCCUCUCCGUGUGUCAAAACGACUCGCCCCUAACUCUGAGACUCAGGUGCCCUCCCAGCCUCGCACUGCCCACAGCCCGUCCUCCGCCACGGCCAAGACCAUACGCACGGCUGUCAUAUCUGCUGCCCGAAAUAAAACUGCCAAGACAACAAGCACAAGCACCUCUCCUGCUAGCUCUAAAAUCCCCACAGCUUCACGGAUACCUGGUCCCAAAAUGCCUCGAGCCACAGCAGCAGCCCAGCCACUGUGGAAGUGAUGGAAGUGAAUAAGUCCUUGUACUGUGCAGUCUUUUCAUGCCUUUAUACAUUUCAGUAAUAUAUACAGUGUGGGUAUUCAUGAAGAGUGUGAGUCAUCAGUCAGAUUUCUCGUCUUAAUCAGCUCUAGGUCGUCUACAUUCAACUUUUAUGAAAUUCGUAUAUGUAGUACUUAGUGCUUAGGUUCUACAUAUGUGAGCUGCACUGGGAGCAGUGGGGACUGUAUCUCACGUGCGUUGCCCGAUAGUUGAAUAGUAGAUCCUCCAAAUCCUACCUCUUCUUACACUCAUUCAUGUCCUUUGCAGGCAAUAGGACACCACAAGAAGACCCAAGUAACUUUUGUAGGAAAGGUUAAUUCACGACAGUAAAACACAACCUAGUGACAUUACUCUGUGCCUAGUCUGUACAAGUGUGCAUUGAAAGAAUUUUGAAAUUCCGGACACAGUUUCAAUCUGUCUUACAUGGGGGAAAAAAUAUGUUUUGUUUGUUUUAGGAAAUCUUCCAAAUGUUUUGAAUACUGUGUCCCUUCUGCUAAGUGAUCAUUGUGUUCUCACACUUGGCGGUCUUACAGUCCAAACUGAACUUGGUACAAUAUUGAACUGUUAAUCCUCUUGUUGAGAGGCCUCAUCGUUCUGAUGCACUUUACAAACUGAAGAAGAGGCCGCAAGGAGAUGAUUGCUGUCAUGUUUAUUUUAUGUCAAAAGAUUCUAUAACUUUAUUGAAUAGCAUUGGUUGUUAUUCACUGUAUUAUGUGGAUUUAUAAAUAAGAGAAGACGAAUAAAGACGGUGAUCUGAA